AUGUCUCACACAAUUUUGUUGGUACAACCCGGUCCCAGGCCAGAAACAAGGACGUAUUCAGACUAUGAGAGCGUUAAUGACUGCAUGGAAGGCGUCUGUAAGAUAUACGAAGAACAUUUGAAAAGAAGAAAUCCCAAUACACCUACAAUAACUUACGAUAUCUCACAAUUGUUUGAUUUUGUUGAUCAGCUUGCAGAUUUAAGUUGCUUAGUGUAUCAAAAAUCAACAAACACAUAUGCACCAUACAAUAAGGAUUGGAUUAAGGAGAAAAUUUAUGUACUCUUGCGUCAAGCAGCCGGUCAGAGUGAC